AUGGUCGACCUGCGCUGCAUGAGCUUCACUACGCAUCCGUCCCGCCUCAUCGUCGCGGGCUGUCAAGCGACGAUGCUCAUUAUAGAUCUGGACAAAGGUACUGUGGUGGAGAAAAUUCCUGCCGAAGCAAACUAUACCAUCAUGAAGAAGUCCCGACAUCUCUGCGCCGCUACGGACGCAGGGUCGGUUCACGUCCUCAGCUUGACAGACUAUACUCUGCUGAAGAGCUGGAAGGCCCAUGGUGCGGUUAUCAACGAUUUGGAUGCCCGCAACGACUUUCUCGUCACCUGCGGCUUUUCCGUACGGCAUAUUGGAACGCCCAUCGUCGACCCUCUUGCAAACGUGUACGACCUGAAAUCACUCACCCCGUUAUCCCCUGUCCCCUUUCACGCCGGAGCAGCAUAUGUGCGUAUGCAUCCCAGACUACAAACAACAAGCUUCAUCGCCUCUCAGUCCGGCCAACUACAAGUCGUCGACCUCAUGAAUCCGAAUUCCAUCAGCCUUCGCCAGGCAAAUGUCAGCUUCAUGCUGGGCAUGGAGAUUUCACCGUCCGGCGAAGCCCUGGCCGUCAACGAUGCGGAGUGCUCAGUCCAUCUCUGGGGGUCUCCUGCAAAAAUUCACUUCAAUGAAAUGAGCAAGGAAACAGAAUUCCCUGACGUCACUCCCCGACCACCAAUGCUAGAUUGGUCCGCAGAUACCCCAUUGAAUGUGAUUGGUAUGCCAUAUUAUCACGACCGCCUUCUUUCAGCCUGGCCCAGCCAUCUUGUUUUCGAGGUAGGAAGUAUCCCUAAACAGGUGGAUCCGGCUAUUAUCCCCUACCUGCAUCCAAGCGAUAUGGGCCAAUAUGCCCCGAACCCACGGAAGACACAUAGAUAUCAGGUCGAGAACACCCGGUGUCAACCCACUACUGAGACCGCACUUGCAGCUCCCAAAUUCCUAAGUGAAAAGGCCAGAGCACAUACCAAGUCCAAGUCUCUUGGUGAUAAAGAGCCUUUGGAUGACUUAGAUGGCUUAAAGAUCAAUGGGGAGGCGGAAAACGAUCCUCUGUUGAAAUAUAGUAAUGUAGAAAUCAAAUAUAGCAAGUUUGGCGUCGAUGAUUUUGAUUUCAGGUAUUACAACAAGACAAACUUCUCCGGUCUAGAAACACACAUCUCCAACUCAUUCACAAAUGCACUCCUCCAGCUAUUUAAAUUCAUCCCACUUGCCAAAAACCUCGCCCUUCAUCAUGCUGCGACAAACUGCAUCUACGAAAACUGUCUUCUCUGUGAGAUGGGAUUUCUCUUCGACAUGCUAGACAAAGCAAGAGGCCAAAGCUGUCAAGCAACAAACUUGCUCAAAACGUUCAGCGGGUUCAGAGAAGCAGCUAACCUCGGCCUCUUGGAAGAAAAUCUCAGCAACAAAUCACUCGCUUCUACCAUCCAAUCCGUCAACCGGUUCUUCUUAAAUCAGAUAUCCAACGACUACAGACUUCUAUACCCGGGCUCCGAUCAACUGGAUCAAGUAUUUGCCACUUCAGCCAUAGAAUCAGUCCGAUGCAUGUACUGCCGUAACGAAAUCGUUCGCGCAGGCAACACCUUCGUAAGCGAACUUAUAUACCCAGCCGUCGACAUCAAACAGGCAGCACGUAACCCAGCAUGCCGAUUCUCCAACAUUCUCCGCGCUAGUAUCGAGCGUGAAGCCCAAAACCGCGGCUGGUGCAGCACCUGCAGACGAUAUCAACAAGUCGCCAUUAGGAAAACAGUCGAGAGAAUGCCAAUGGUCCUCAUGAUUAAUGCGGCUAUUAAUAAUCCCGUCUGCAGACAGUUCUGGUCCAUCCCCGGCUGGCUGCCUGAGGAAGUCGGGAUUAUCACCGACGGUAAACAGAUGCGAUGCUUUGAAGGAGCAGAGCUUCAGGCGCAGAAACGUGAAAAGACCCCUAACUUGCUGGUUUAUCAGCUUGUGGGUUUAGUUGCUGAGAUUGAUGUUGUAGAGCAAAAGAAGCCUCACCUAGUGUCUUUCAUUGAUGUGGCUAUUUCUGCGACCACACCAACAGAGGAAAGCAAAUGGCAUCUCUUCAACGACUUCCUUGUCACUGAAGUUGAUAAGAAUGAGGUGUUAUCAUUCAAGCAGCCGUGGAAGCAGCCGUGUGUGCUGUCUUACCAAAUAUCAACUGCCAGACACGGAGUUGAUGACUCGUGGAAGAAUGCCUUGGACACCACUCUCCUUUUCUACGAGUGGUCUAUGAACAACUGUCGCCCAAUCGAGUCUUGUCAGGUGUUGAAACCGAAUGAGAAGCCUACUCCAGGAACUGCCAUUGCCCUGGACACUGAAUUCGUGGACUUAGAAAAGGCAGAAAUCGAAGUCAAAGCCGAUGGAACCCACGAAAUGAUUCGACCCAGCAAGAGUGGUCUCGCUCGUGUUUCCGUUAUUCGGGGUAACGGUACCCUCGAAAGCUCCCCCUUUAUCGAUGAUUAUAUCACCAUCAAAGACCCCAUUGUUGACUAUGUCACUCAAUAUUCGGGCAUCAAACCUGGAGACUUAGACCCACGAACAAGUGCACACAACCUCGUUCCGCUUAAGGCUGUGUUUUCGUCGGCCACGGACUAG